AUGAAGCCAAUACAGAUAUUCCUAAUUCUAUGCAUCAAAACAAUAUUAAAUGAAGGACAAACAAAAAGCGAACACCAAAAUCAAACUUCCACCCAGCCCGAUCACUACAUCACAGCAUCCACCACCGGCAAUAACACAACCAAGACCAUCGCAACAGACAAUACAACAGACGAAACGCCACACAACACAGCCCACACAACUUACGAACAAACCCAUAGCAUGUCUAGCACACACAUGCACGCAACACACACCUCGGACACAUCAAACUCUACGCCUACAUACACACCCACAUCAACACCCACUCAUACAACGACACGUACACACUCACACAGUCCACUGCACAACACCACAUUACACCAAACACAAACCAUUAUUACCAACACCCACACGAAACACUCCACAUACAAACAUACUUCACCAACAUACUACAGCACACAUAAUAUCACUCAAACACCAACAUCCACUCCUACAUACGCACCCACUCACCUCCAAACUGACACCACCACACACACACCCACCAACAAUAGAACAUACACGCCCACAUCUAAUCACACAUACACACAUACUGACACGCUCAUCACGACGUCGACCAAACAACACAUUAGCAUCUCCACUAACACACAACAUACUGACACUACUAAUGCCACCACAAUUACCACACUAUUCCAUCACCCGAACCAAACCAGCAUCGAAAACGCCGACACGACCACCAACACAAACACCACCGUCAACACUUACACCUACACCACCGGUACCACUGCCCAUGCGCACGCGAACACCCAUACAACCACCCACACCGAUAGCUUCGUCAACAACACUAAUCCAACCGACAUCGCAAACAUCAACACAACUCCAACUACAUCCACACCAACACCGCACACACUACAUCAAACCCACCAGCACGAUUACACCAAACUCACCAACGCAACUACACACACCACCGACAAUCAGGCACAAACACUGCGAAUACAAACAUACGCACCACACUCCCACACCAACACCCGCGCCAACGCCGACACCGACACCGACGAGACGCACACACAGGCACAAUACAACUACACAGACGCGACCACAUCACCAACACCCACACACUCCCCACUGCACACCGAUUACGACCAAAUGCACAUACUCAACACCACCGCAACACCUAUCACCAUUUCAACAUCCGACACGACCACACACACAUACGCCUCCACAGACACACCAAUACACAUCUAUCCUCACUUUAGCACGCACAACAACACUUACACACACAAACGAACUGACACAAUUCCCAUACAUACAUCCACUCUGGCAUCAUUUCACACUGACACAUUUACACCCAACAAUACCACUAACUUUCACGACAACACUACAAUCAGUUCGUAUAACACAACCAACGGCACUGCACCCACACAUCCGAAGUCCUACCCAUCACACCCAGUAAUUUUCACGGAUUACACAACCACAACGAACACCACAAUUUCUGCAAACGCAACAUCCGGUAUAACACAUGCACCAAACACAAACACCAGCGCCCUGCAAACAAACACUACAAUCAACAACACAGAAACACAACCCACAUCAGAACACCACAAUCAAACUUCCACCCAGCCCGAUCACUACAUCACAGCAUCCACCACCGGCAAUAACACAACCAAGACCAUCGCAACAGACAAUACAACAGACGAAACGCCACACAACACAGCCCACACAACUUACGAACAAACCCAUAGCAUAUACCAGGAAGUCAGAAUGAAGAUAAUACAUAUAUUCCUCAUUCUAUGCAUCAAAACAAUACUAAAUGAAGCACAAACACCGCGCGAACACCAGAAUCCAAAUUCCACCCAGCCUGAUCACUACAUCACAGCAUCCACCACCGGCAAUAACACAACCAAGGCCGUCGCAACAGACAAUACAACACACGAAACGCUACACUACACAGCUCACACAACUUACGAACAAACCCAUAGCAUGUCUAGCACACAUCUGCACGCAACGCACACCUCAGACACAGCAAAAUCCACACCUACAUACACACCCACACCAACACCCACUCAUACUACGACACGUACACACUCACACAGUCCACCGCACAACACCACAUCACACCAAACACCAACCAUUACUACCAACACACACAUGAUACACACCACAUACAAACAGACUUCACCAACAUACUACAACACGCAAAAGCCCAUGCAUAAACCAACCUCCACGCCUACAUACACACCCACUCACCACCAAACUGACACCACCGCACACACACCCACUAACAAUAGAACAUACACGCACACAUCUAAUCACACAUACACACCUACUGACACGCUAACCACCACGUCUACCAAACACGUUAGCAUCCACACUAACACACAACAUACUGACACUACUAAUGCCACCACAAUUACCACACUAUUUCACCACCCGAACCAAACCAGCAUCGAAAACGCCGACGCGACCAUCAACACAAACACCACCGUCAACGCUUACACCUACACCACCGGUACCACUGCCCAUGCGCACGCCAAUACCCAUAAAACCACCCACACCGAUAGCUUCAUCAACAACACUAAUACAACCGACAUCGCAAACAUCAACACAACUCCUACUGCAUCCACACCAACACCUCACACACUACAUCAAACCCACCAGCACAAUUACACCAAACUCACCAACGCAACUACACACACCACCGACAAUCAGGCACAAACACUGCGAAUACAAACAUACGCACCACACUCCUACACCAACACCAACACACGCGCCAACGCCGACACCGACGAGAUGCACACACAGGCACAAUACAACUACACAGACGCGACCACAUCAUCAACACCCACACACUCCCCACUGCACACCGACUACGACCAAAUGCACAUACUCAACACCACCUCAACACCUCUCACAAUUUCAACAUCCGACACUACCACACACGCAUACUCCUCCACAGACACACCAAUACACAUCCAUCCUCACUCUAUCACGCACAACAACACUUACACACACAUACGAACUGACACAAAUCCGAUACAUACAUCCACUCUGGCAUCAUUUCACACUGACACAUUUACACCCACCAAUCCCAUUAACUUUCACAGCAACACUACAAUCAGUCCUCACACCACAACCAACAGCACUGCACCCACACACCCGCAGUCCUACCCAUUGCACCCAGUUGUCUUCACAGAUUACACCAACACAACAACUUCUGCAAACACAACAUCCGCUACAACACAUUCACCAAACGCAAACAACAGCGCCCUGCACACAAACACUAUAGGCAACAACACAGAAACACAACCCACAUCAGAACACCACAAUCAAACUUCCACCCAGCCUGAUCACUACAUCACAGCAUCCACCACCGGCAAUAACACAACCAAGGCCGUCGCAACAGACAAUACAACACACGAAACGCCACAAAACACAGCCCACACAACUUACGAACAAACCCACAGCAUGUCUAGUACACAUCUGCACGCAACGCACACCUCAGACACAGCAAAAUCCACACCUACAUACACACCCACACCAACACCCACUCAUACUACGACACUUACACACUCACACAGUCCACUGCACAACACCACAUCACACCAAACACCAACCAUUACUACCAACACACACAUGAUACACACCACAUACAAACAGACUUCACCAACAUACUACAACACACAAAAACCCAUGCAUAAACCAACCUCCACGCAUACAUACACACCCACUCACCACCAAACUGACACCACCGCACACACACCUACUAACAAUAGAACAUACACGCCCACAUCUAAUCACACAUACACACCUACUGACACGCUAACCACCACGUCUACCAAACACGUUAGCAUCCACACUAACACACAACAUACUGACACUACUAAUGCCACCACAAUUACCACAUUAUUCCACCACCCGAACCAAACCAGCAUCGAAAACGCCGACGCGACCAUCAACACAAACACCACCGUCAACACUUACACCUACACCACCGGUACCACUGCCCAUGCGCACGCCAAUACCCAUAAAACCACCCACACCGAUAGCUUCAGCAACAACACUAAUACAACCGACAUCGCAAACAUCAACACAACUCCUACUGCAUCCACACCAACACCUCACACACUACAUCAAACCCACCAGCACGAUUACACCAAACUCACCAACGCAACUACACACACCACCGACAAUCAGGCACAAACACUGCGAAUACAAACAUACGCACCACACUCCUACACCAACACCAACACACGCGCCAACGCCGACACCGACGAGAUGCACACACAGGCACAAUACAACUACACAGACGCGACCACAUCGUCAACACCCACACACUCCCCACUGCACACCGACUACGACCAAAUGCACAUACUCAACACCACCUCAACACCUCUCACAAUCUCAACAUCCGACACUACCACACACACAUACUCCUCCACAGACACACCAAUACACAUCCAUCCUCACUCUAUCACGCACAACAACACUUACACACACAUACGAACUGACACAAAUCCGAUACAUACAUCCACUCUGGCAUCAUUUCACACUGACACAUUUACACCCACCAAUCCCACUAACUUUCACAGCAACACUACAAUCAGUUCUCACACCACAACCAACAGCACUGCACCCACACACCCGCAGUCCUACCCAUUGCACCCAGUUGUCUUCACAGAUUACACCAACACAACAACUUCUGCAAACACAACAUCCGCUACAACACAUUCACCAAACGCAAACACCAGCGCCCUGCACACAAACACUAUAGGCAACAACACAGAAACACAACCCACAUCAGAACACCACAAUCAAAAUUCCACCCAGCCUGAUCACUACAUCACAGCAUCCACCACCGGCAAUAACACAACCAAGGCCCACGAUUACACCAAACUCACCAACGCAACUACACACACCACCGACAAUCAGGCACAAACACUGCGAAUACAAACAUACGCACCACACUCCUACACCAACACCAACACACGCGCCAACGCCGACACCGACGAGAUGCACACACAGGCACAGUACAACUACACAGACGCGACCACAUCGUCAACACCCACACACUCCCCACUGCACACCGACUACGACCAAAUGCACAUACUCAACUCCACCUCAACACCUCUCACAAUUUCAACAUCCGACACUACCACACACGCAUACUCCACCACAGACACACCAAUACACAUCCAUCCUCACUCUAUCACGCACAACAACACUUACACACACAUACGAACUGACACAAAUCCGAUACAUACAUCCACUCUGGCAUCAUUUCACACUGACACAUUUACACCCACCAAUCCCACUAACUUUCACAGCAACACUACAAUCAGUUCUCACACCACAACCAACAGCACUGCACCCACACACCCGCAGUCCUACCCAUUGCACCCAGUUGUCUUCACAGAUUACACCAACACAACAACUUCGGCAAACACAACAUCCGCUACAACACAUUCACCAAACGCAAACAACAGCGCCCUGCACACAAACACUAUAGGCAACAACACAGAAACACAACCCACAUCAGAACACCACAAUCAAACUUCCACCCAGCCUGAUCACUACAUCACAGCAUCCACCACCGGCAAUAACACAACCAAGGCCGUCGCAACAGACAAUACAACACACGAAACGCCACAAAACAUAGCCCACACAACAUACGAACAAACCCACAGCAUGUCUAGUACACAUCUGCACGCAACGCACACCUCAGACACAGCAAAAUCCACACCUACAUACACACCCACACCAACACCCACUCAUACUACGACACUUACACACUCACACAGUCCACUGCACAACACCACAUCACACCAAACACCAACCAUUACUACCAACACACACAUGAUACACACCACAUACAAACAGACUUCACCAACAUACUACAACACACAAAAACCCAUGCAUAAACCAACCUCCACGCCUACAUACACACCCACUCACCACCAAACUGACACCACCGCACACACACCCACUAACAAUAGAACAUACACGCCCACAUCUAAUCACACAUACACACCUACUGACACGCUAACCACCACGUCUACCAAACACGUUAGCAUCCACACUAACACACAACAUACUGACACUACUAAUGCCACCACAAUUACCACAUUAUUCCACCACCCGAACCAAACCAGCAUCGAAAACGCCGACGCGACCAUCAACACAAACACCACCGUCAACGCUUACACCUACACCACCGGUACCACUGCCCAUGCGCACGCCAAUACCCAUAAAACCACCCACACCGAUAGCUUCAUCAACAACACUAAUACAACCGACAUCGCAAACAUCAACACAACUCCUACUGCAUCCACACCAACACCUCACACACUACAUCAAACCCACCAGCACGAUUACACCAAACUCACCAACGCAACUACACACACCACCGACAAUCAGGCACAAACACUGCGAAUACAAACAUACGCACCACACUCCUACACCAACACCAACACACGCGCCAACGCCGACACCGACGAGAUGCACACCCAGGCACAAUACAACUACACAGACGCGACCACAUCAUCAACACCCACACACUCCCCACUGCACACCGACUACGACCAAAUGCACAUACUCAACACCACCUCAACACCUCUCACAAUCUCAACAUCCGACACUACCACACACACAUACUCCUCCACAGACACACCAAUACACAUCCAUCCUCACUCUAUCACGCACAACAACACUUACACACACAUACGAACUGACACAAAUCCGACACAUACAUCCACUCUGGCAUCAUUUCACGCUGACACAUUUACACCCACCAAUCCCACUAACUUUCACAGCAACACUACAAUCAGUUCUCACACCACAACCAACAGCACUGCACCCACACACCCGCAGUCCUACCCAUUGCGCUCUCUAUCCUACACAGAUUACACAGUCACUCGUGAGGACUCUGGCAUAUCGACAGGCGGUAGGUCGCCGUCUGUCUCUACCGUCAUUGCUAAGGAAGGGAUCCUGUCCUCAACAGCUAGGAGUGACUUCCAAAUUAGUGAGGGUACAAAGCAAAUGGUUUCUUUCUUCAGUUCUGCAACUCCCACAAUGCCCACCACUGAUAGCCACCUUCUGAUCUCUCAAGGUAUGGAUAUCGCACGUUUUUGAUCUGCCACGCUGCUCUCAACAAUUUAAUUCAUCACACUUUUAUCUGACUUUUAUACAGCUCCCACAUCAUUUGUGGUGACGGCCAAUAUUCGCCAACUCUGGAAGGAGGCAUACACGGAUGCGUUUUCUUUGCCAUCCAGGAACCUGUCGCUGAUGGUUUGUGGAAUGGUGGGUUGACGUCUCUAUUGAGAAACUUAUUUUAGCAGUUUAUUCAAAUUUCUAGUCGGUUUCAACUGAACUUUCGACUUACGGCGAACUAAAAAACGUUAGUACAAUGGCAUCGAAGAACGAUAUGCGUGGUGGGUCCGACGAGCAUACAACCUAGCCUAUCUAACAGAUUCUUAUCCAAACAUUGGUUACUUGUGCGAGUAUAGCUAUGGCUCAUGGACUUGAGAUAGCUCAUUAUUGAGAACACCAGCCAGGAAAACACCGAAUGAACUUUCCGCUCCAAGUUGGUUGCCCAUACUUGAUGCAGCGUUUGCUGAGGUGUUACUCUCACACAACUUCCGGGAACUUGAGUUCCUAGCGUCAAGUACACGAAACGUGGAUGAAGUAGGAUCAACAAAACACUGCUAAAUAUAGGUUGGU